AUGGAUAAUAUGACAAUUUUUGCAACCUACACCCUGAUGGAACCAAAAGCCUCAAAAUCAUUCAGACAUAUAUAUUUCACAUGCUUUUUGGUACUCUAUAUUAUGAUACUUUUUGUGAACACUUGGGUCAGUGUUGUUAUUGUUUUGGAGAGAGCCCUUCAUGAACCAAUGUACAUUUUUCUGUGUAAUCUGUGUGUAAAUGAUAUAUAUGGAGCUGCAGGAUUUUAUCCUAAAUUCCUACAUGAUUUAAUGCUGGAUUCAUAUGUAAUUCCUUCUUACAUGUGUGCAUUUCAAGCUUUUGUGAUCUACAGUUCAGUUAUGUGUGACUGUACUACAGUAACAGUGAUGGCAUAUGACAGACAUGUGGCCAUAUGCCAACCUUUAAACUAUCAUAUAAAACUAAACAGAUUUUCAUGCUGCAUAUUACUUGCCUUCUGUUGGAUCCUACCCUUAGUUUACAUGAUCAUUUGUGUUGUGUUGUCAAAUAGGCUGACAUUGUGUAAAUAUCACAUUAAUAAAUUGUACUGUGACAACUGGUCUAUAGUAAAACUUUCAUGUGAAUCAACUCUCAUCAAUAAUAUUUAUGGAAUUUUUGUAAUUUCAUUCUAUUCUUGCCUGUGUGUUUUUAUUAUUUUGUCCUACAUUAAAAUUAUCAUUGCAUGUAAAGCAUCAUUAGAGUGCAGAAGAAAAUUCUGGCAGACAUGUGUGCCUCAUAUGUUUACAGUGUUAAAUUAUGUUGUUGCUGUGUUUUUUGAUUCCAUGUACAGCAGAUAUGGCUCAAGUGAUGUCUCAGAGUAUCUGCGAAAUGUUCUGGCUCUAGAGAUGCUUAUUGUGCCACCUCUUAUCAAUCCAGUAAUCUAUGGGUUAAAACUCCAAGAAGUACGCAAAAGAAUCUUGAAAUAUUUUGUUAGUAUCAGAAAACAAUAA